AUGAAGAAAACAGAGCUUCAAUUACUUGGGAUGAUCAGAAGAGUGGCAUUUCUGAUCUAUCACAAAUGUUCAUUUCAUCCAUUCAGGCACAAGUGCAAGUAUAUUAAAGACAACAACAGCAGCCACAAGCAGUUACAUCAUACAGCCAGUCUUUUCCAGUCUGUUGAGGAUUCAGUCUAUGUGUUUGCAGACCUACAGAAAGCUCUUGAUGCAGUAUCUGUUGAGUGCAGAAGCUCUGAGCCACCAGACAUGAUUGAAGAGGGUUUGCUUGAAUCCAAGUCUGACAAAAUGAAGCACAAGAGCUCUCCAUCACCAGCAGAAUCCAGCAGUAGUGAGGAUGAUCCAGCACCACUGCUAAUGUCUUCAGGCCUGUCCAGGCCCAGUACACCAGGGCCAAGAUUAGACCAUGAACUCUUCCUGCCCACAAAUACAGUGGAACCAACAGAAGAAGACAACACACUUACACAGAAGCUGGUGGCACAGCUGCAGAUCUAUCAUAAAUGCUCUACUGAGACUCAUGCUGCAUCAGAGCCACUCUCCAUACCAACAGUAUCUCUCUCACAGAUGGCAAGCUGGAAAUGUUCAGAUGUCUUAGAGCACACCAGCAUGUCUUCCUAUCCCAUACAGUGGGACACCAUCCUGCCAGUUCAUCAGCACCAAAGACUAUACAGUGGGAUGUCUGCAUCAGUAGAGCCUUUAGCCCAUGAGAAAGUGCCUCCACACCCUGUGACCAUUAAUCUGGAAGGUGAUACUAUUCCAAUGCCAGCAUCCCUGCAUGCCAUGAUUAACAUUGAUAGCACCAGUGAUCUGGUCUCAAGUCUCACAAGAGAUGAGCAGACCAAAAGAGUUCACCAGUUCCAGAGACCAGUUCACCAGAUCUCUUACCUUCCAUUUGGACAACUGGUUAGAUUCUCUGAGAUUGAGAUCUACAUUCUCUUCCUCUGGCUUUUCAGCCCCCAGCACCAGCACUACAUUAUUACAGAGCAGAAGUAUGCUCUCUGGACAGACAAGAUCUUUCUUCCAGCUCUUCACUAUAUUUACUUCACAUCCACACUUCUCCAUCUGCCAUUCAGUAUCACACAUGUCCAGCUCAGUUCCACUGCAGCUCAGGCAGAAGACUGCAAUCAGACUUUUCAUAAGCAGCUACAGGUACAGAAGUUCCACUUUUCACUACAGCCAGCAGAACUUCACCAUCUCUGGAAGCACAUGCAGAUAACUGUUCAAGAUCCAGAGCUUCAGCACUUUCAGAGACUCACACUUCUUCUAACCACUAAGAAUCUGAAGCUCUCAACCCAGCAUGCCACCUGGUCCAGCAUGUGUGAUGCCUUCUUUCACAUGUAA